AUGCUCCGGCGCGCCGCCAAAAAAGAACUUGAACUAGCCAAAAAUUUAGUUCCAUAUACACAACAACAACAAUACAUUACAAUACAGGACCUCAGUCAGUCUUCCAUAACUAGGAAUCCUACUCCUGGUUACCCUUCCAGAGCAGCCUUGGAAGAUUCACAAGAUUCACAAGAUUCUAUUGAGCCUAUCAAGGGAAAGAAGAAGAAGCGUACAUCUUAA